AUGCAACCAGCCGCGGGAGCCUCAGCACCGAAGCCGCUCUUCUUCAUGGAGAAGCUUGGGCGACUGGUUUCACUAUACCGCCCAAAGAAGGCAGAGGCAUCGAGUUCUAGCUCUGCUAACAAACACCCGCAGCUCAUCAUCGUUGCUAGCUGGACGGAUGCCAGAGAUGCCCAUAUAGCCAAGUAUGUUGUUAAAUACCAGGCGCUGUAUCCCGGGGCCCAGAUUCUGCUCCUCAAGAAUACGAUAGCAGAGAUCUACAGACCAUCACGCAUCGGGCCAGCUAUGAAAGCUGCCGUCCUAGUUAUCCGUGACGUCCACCCGCCAGGAGCAUUACCAUCGUUGCCCGAGCUCCUAAUACAUAUUUUCUCCAACGGUGGCUCUGGCAGCAUUGCAAAUCUCUAUGAGCAGUUCGCAGCUUCAGCGGGUGCUGGCGAGCACUUUCCACGACAUGUCACCAUUCUUGAUUCCAGUCCGAGUGUCUACAGUGUUGGCCAUGCGGUGACAUUCGUGAGCCUCAGUAUGCCGCCACUCCAGCGGAUAGUUGCUACGCCUUUCCUCUAUAUCUGGGCUAUCGGGUGGUCCUUCUUGGUUGCACUGGGUCUCGUGACCACCUCGGGUGACUGGGCAAAGGCUCAUAACAAUAAGGCUGUCGAGACUGAGGCCCGUCGCGUAUACAUCUACAGCGGUACCGAUGUGUUAAUUGACGAUAAAGGCGUCGAGAGCCAUGCGGCCGAUGCCGAGGCAAAGGGAUUUUCUGUUAAACUAGAGAAAUUUCAGGACUCGGCGCAUGUGACACAUGCUAGAAAAGACGAGCAUCGGUAUUGGGAGAUCGUGAAGAGAACAUGGGGUGGAUCUCCUUGA